AUGCGUUGGCCGAAGACUGAACAAUUACGGCCUGCAGGCGAAAGAGCUCCAGGUUCGAGCGACCUCAGGCCACGAAAUGAGCAGCUUGAAAGCAAAGUCGAAACCGAGCAUGACCAUUACUCAAGUUUGAAAGUAAUCUUGCCUGUGGUUCUCUCGUUAUGCUUGGCAGUCUUUCUCACUGCCCUUGAUCGAACGAUUAUCGGUGUCGCAAUACCAGCGAUUUCCAACGAUUUCCAAUCUUUCGACGACAUUGCGUGGUACGAAAGUGGAUAUCUACUUACAUUUGCUGCAUUGCAACUACCAAUAGGCAAAUUAUUUACUUUCUUUCCUGCCAAAUGGACCUUUAUCCUACUUGUAGCGGUGUUCGAGAUCGGUUCUAUCAUCUGCGCAACUGCUCCAAACUCCACAACAUUCAUAAUUGGCCGAGCCAUCGCAGGAAUAGGCAGCGCAGGAAAUGUCACUGGUGCAAAUGUUAUCCUUGCAGAUCUCUUACCGCUCGAGAAGAGACCUAAAUACCAAGGCUUCAUUGGUGCAACGUUCGGCCUUGCAUCCAUCGCUGGGCCUCUCCUUGGUGGUGUGUUCGCAUCUGAAGUGUCGUGGCGAUGGUGCUUCUGGAUCAAUGCACCAAUUGGUGGAGUUGCACUUGUUGUACUGAUCUUGCUCGUACCUAGCAAACCGCCGGCACGAGAGCAGUCAGGAAAGUCUCUUCAGGAACGGUUGAAAGCCUAUGAUCCUAUUGGAACUGUACUCCUGGUAACGGGUUUGGUUUUACUACUACUUGCUCUCCAGUGGGGUAGCAAUGAGUCAGGCUGGAGCUCUACUCGGGUUAUUGUGACGCUCGUCAUUGGAAUUGUGCUCAUACUAGCCUUUCUCAUUUCCCAAGCGUGGAUCGGGGAGAAUGGGACAUUGCCGCCAAGGAUCAUCUGCAAGAGAAGCAUUGCAGCGGGCGCGGCAGUAUCAUUGGGGUUUGGCUCGACGCUCAUUAUCGGGCUUUCUGCCAUUGACGCUGGAAUACGAAUGAUCGGCUAUUUCCUUAUCACGGCUGUUUCCGUGAUCGGUUCCGGUAUCAUUGUCUCGAAGACCGGGUAUUAUACUCCCUGGCUUAUUCUUGGGACAGCGCUGUUGGUUGUUGGCUGUGGUCUUCUCACUACAUUCAGAGUCAGCACGAGCACAACAACAUCCACGGGGUUUCAGAUCAUCACUGGUGCUGGCAUGGGCAUGAGUUUGGCACAAUGCAACAACGCAGCGCAAACGGUACUUUCUCGCGAAGAUAUACCCAUGGGCAUUACCAUCAUCAACUUUGGCAACUUCAUCGGUGGUACUGUCUUUGUUAGUAUCUGCCAGGGCAUCUUAUCUAGUACACUUCGAACCCAACUUGGACAGCAAAUUCCAGACUUGGAUCUGUCCUCGAUCUCGACAGCUGGAGCAACUGAACUGUCGAAGCUUGUACCGUCGAGCCAACUUCCGAUCUUACAGGCUGCAUACAAUAAGGGUAUCAAUAACGUCUUCUAUUGUGCGUUGGGUGUAUCAUCUUCUGCAUUCGUAGCGUCGUGGUUUGUGGAAUGGAGGUCUGUUAAAAGUAGCCAAGUUGUUAAUGAGGAUUAGUCGUAGCAUAUGCGACUAGAAGAAUGGCAAAUACAUAUAAAAGGGUGGGGAGGUUUUCGUUUGCUAGGGUUUUUCGUUUGCUUGGGACGG